GCGAAAUAUAGUAUCUGAUCUGGCUGUUUUUAUGUGUUUCGGAUUGAUCAUCACGCUAUUUCAUCUUUCUGCAUAGUUUCUAAUUCUUUCCUGUUAUUUUCAUUCCCAUCAAAUAUUUACUGGGCGAAUCCGACCCAUAAAAUUUGCAUCGUCAAAGCUUCAUCCAAUCGGUGAUCACAGAUAACAAGCAAAAAUGGUGAAGGCAGUUGCAGUUCUUAACGGCGUUGAAGGUGUCUGUGGCACCAUUCAAUUCACCCAAGAUGAUAUCCAAGGUCCAACUACAGUUAGUGGAAGUGUAACAGGCCUCAAGCCUGGUCUUCAUGGCUUCCAUAUCCAUGCCCUUGGUGACACAACAAAUGGCUGCUUGUCAACUGGGCCACACUUCAAUCCUUGUGGGAAGGAUCAUGGAGCUCCUGAAGAUGAAACCCGUCAUGCCGGUGAUCUUGGAAACAUCACAGCUGGAAACGAUGGUGUCGCUCCCAUUAACAUCAUUGACAGUCAGAUUCCUCUUAUCGGAACUAAUUCUAUCCUUGGAAGAGCCGUAGUUGUUCAUGGUGAUCUUGAUGAUCUUGGGAAAGGUGGUCAUGAACUCAGCAAAACAACUGGAAAUGCUGGAGCAAGGGUUGCUUGCGGUAUCAUUGGCCUGCAAGCUUAAUGAGUGCAUCUGGGAAAUGUUGUGACAAUAAAAAGUGUUGUGACUUACUUUCAACAACACUUGUCUUUGAGAUUGAUUCCUUUUCUUGAUCCACUCUCUUAAGGGCGGUGGCAUGAACUUAAACUCUGUAGUUGUACUGAAGCUUUUGAUUGGACUUUUUUGUUGUUGUUAAUUGACACUUGAUAAUAAGUGGGAUUGCUAAGACACAACUCCAAGUGUCAUUUUUUGAGUCAUCAUGAGAAGCCAACUACGAUUUCUAGAAUUCGCGAAUGAGUUUGAUGAACGUUUGGGAUGUUUAUUCUGGUGGUAAAACUGUCGGGUGAUAAGUGAUAUAGGGUUGGCUGACUAUGUUUGCAUGUUUAAAAUCCCUGGUGUCAUUUACUUACUGCUUU